AUGGCCCAAGCCAUCACCUUACAAGCUCAGGGUAUGACUGCCCAGGCAGAGGAACAAGGUGUUCCCAGGAAGAACCCACCUGCCAGCACCAUGGAUAGAGAGUUAAUUUCAUUCAAGGGUCAGUAUGAUAGGGAUUCCGAGCCUAGAGUUAGGAGAAACAGUGAAGUGGAUACACCUCAGGAAAGGCCACCAUGUAGGAAGUGUGACAAACUGCAUGGAGGAGAGUGUAUGAUGGGCUCUAAAGCUUGUUACUGUUGUGGCGAACCGGGUCACAUGAUGAAGGAUUGUCCGAAUAAAAGAGGUCAAGAAAAAGGGAAGGAGAAAUGUCAUCCUAAUAGUCCAAGUAAAGAGGCUCCAAUGAGGCAACAAUUCUUCGCACUCAAGUCUAGGGGUGCAGGGGAAGGCACUUCUGGUGAUGUCUCGGGUGCUUAG